AUGACGGUCUCAGACGCACUGUCUGUCUCAGUCUCAGAUGCACUGUCCGUCUCAGGGACGAUGACGGUCUCAGGUGCACUGUCCGUCUCAGGUUCAUUGUCCGCCUCAGGGACGAUAACGGUCUCAGGUGCACUGUCCGUCUCAGGGAUGAGGGCGGUCUCAGGUGCACUGUCCGUCUCAGGUUCAUUGUCCCCCUCAGGGACGAUGACAGUCUCAGGUGAACUGUCCGUCUCAGAGACGAUGGCGGUCUCAGGUGCACUGUUCAUCUCAGGGAUGAUGGUGGUCUCAGGUGCACUGUCCGUCUCAGGGAUGAGGGCGGUCUCAGGUGCACUGUCCGUCUCAGGUUCAUUGUCCGCCUCAGGGACGAUAACGGUCUCAGGUGCACUGUCCGUCUCAGGGAUGAGGGCGGUCUCAGGUGCACUGUCCGUCUCAGGUUCAUUGUCCCCCUCAGGGACGAUGACAGUCUCAGGUGAACUGUCCGUCUCAGAGACGAUGGCGGUCUCAGGUGCACUGUUCAUCUCAGGGAUGAUGGUGGUCUCAGGUGCACUGUCCGUCUCAGGUUCAUUGUCCGCCUCAGGGACGAUGACGGUCUCAGGUGCACUGUCCUUUUCAGGGAUGAGGGCGGUCUCAG